GUUUUCAUCAUUCAAACCCUGGUUGCCUGCUCAUCUCUCCUCACGAGCAAAAGAUGGCUAUCUCGGAUUUGUUGAAUCGUCGCGUGCGAGCCGUAGCUGAGGAUGACGAGGAGGUCUAUUCGGACCAAUCUGGAUCGGACGAGGCGAGCGACAAUAUACGGUCAGACGAGUCGGGAUCGGAAGAUGCCAGUGAUCUAGACGACGACGAUGAUGAUAUGCCCAAGAAUGACGAUGAUGAUAUAGAUGGCGAUGAGGAGGACGACCAAGACAGCCAAGACGACGACGAUGACGCCCCUCAGGAUGAUGUACAGGCUUCACUAAGCAGCAUCUCGUUCGGCGCACUAGCCAAGGCGCAAGCAUCCCUAGGACCCAAAGCGAAGCGGUCAUCCAAAAUUACCAAAGCAGCAGAAGAUCCCGCAGCCCCAUCCCCCUUGGACGAUAUUAGAGCCCGGAUUCAGGAGGCACGCGAACAGAAACGACAGGGGCUGUCGAAAUCCAAGGACUCGGAAAGGGCCUCUCGUUCCUCCAAACAUGCCCCGGCUGUACAAUCCUCCAAGUAUGCUGUCUCUCGCAAGCGGACUGUCAUCGAACCUCCGAGUGCGCCCAAAUCGCGAGAUCCACGAUUUGACCCGACUGUCCUGAGCCAUGGCGGUCGAAAGAACCCGCAGGGAUCGAGCAAUGCGUACGCCUUCCUGGAUGAGUAUCGCGCGGAUGAACUCAGGGAGUUAAAGGACAAAUACGCCAAGACGAAGAAUCCAGAACAGAAAGAAGCUCUGAAAGGUGCCAUUCGGUCGGCUCAAGACCGCCUUCGUACGAUGGAGAACAGAAAACGGGAGAGGGAGGUCUUAGCGGAUCAUAAGAAACGGGAGAAGCAACUCAUCCGCGAAGGCAAGAAGAGUAACCCGUACUAUAUGAAGAAGUCGGAUCUCAAGAAGCAGGUGUUGCUCAAGAAGUACGAGGGUAUGAAUUCCAAGGACCGCACAAAGGCACUCGAGAGGAAACGAAAGAAGACCGCAGCCAAGGAACGGAAAGAAAUGCCAAUGGAGCGCAGAACCUUGAGCAACGACGAUGCACCACCAGGCGGCGGUGGAGGCGGCGGCUGGAAACGUCGUCGAGUGGGCUGAAUGCUGUGACUGCAUUGUCAGGCCUUGGUGAGUUGAUCAUGUUAUUGUAUAUAUAGUAUGCGCCUUCACUGGCGUCUGGGCUCUUCUUACGCAAUUCCCUGGGAUCCAACCUUUACGAUGACAGGCCAAGAGUUGGUUGACAAACACGGUAUUACCUAUCAUUAUCCAGAUCCGACCCAACCCUUCCAAGGCGUAGGUGCGCCUAAUCCACAGUAAAAAUGAAGAAAUGAUUAUCAAUGCCAAGUGGCGAAGAAAAAAAACCAAAGAGUCAUCCAAUAACAAUUGUUAUACCAAGAUAAACAGAAG